AUGUCGACAUCUACAACAACACAGCAAGAGCAGACCGUUCACGUAAUCAACGAAGAUCAAUUACCUCCACUACCACCAGCAGCAAACGAUGCAUGCUUCCAGGGUCUGGCUCGUGGAGGCCGAAAUGACACUCUAAAACUCCGCGGUAUUCCCACAUUCUCAGACCUAACUGAGAAACGCAAGUGGAUGAAGGAGCACAUGGCUGCUGCAUUCCGGUUCUUUGGCAAGCUAGGGUAUGGGGAGGGUGUCUCCGGGCACAUUUCGAUGCGAGGCAAGUACCCGAUCCUCAAAGACCAUUUCUGGAUGAACCCGUUCGCCAAGCAUUUCUCGACCAUCAAGGCUUCGGAUCUCGUGCUUCUCGAUGCUGAUGGAUUCGUUGUUGAGGGUGGAGCUCAGCUGCCUGUUAAUGAAGCUGGGUUCUUGAUUCAUUCAGAGAUCCACAAGGCACGCCCGGAUGUUGUAGCUGCGGCGCACACACAUUCUAUUCAUGGAAAGACGUGGAGUUCAUUUGGAAAGCCAAUUGAGAUGCUUACACAAGAUGCAUGCAGCUUCUUUGGCAGAGUGGGUGUUUACGAAGACCACGGCGGUAUUGUUCUAUCGGCAGAUGAAGGAAAGGCCAUUUCCAAGGCAUUGGGCAAGGAAAACAUUGCAUGCAUCUUGCAAAACCACGGCCUCCUAACUGUCGGUCGGACUGUCGAUGAAGCAGCGAUCCUCUACUCCAUGCUGGAGAACGCCUGUCGGUCACAGCUUCUUGCUGAAGCAGCAGCAGCCAAUGGUCUUCCAAAGAAGAUCAUUAGUGAUGAUGUAGCCAAGUUCACCGCCGAUGCUGCCCAGAAUCCUCACAAUUUCUAUACCGAGUUCCAACCUGAAUUUGAGUUGCUCGUCGAAGAGACAAACGGAAGGUUCCUUCAGUAA